AUGACACACUCUACAGACGAUGCCAAAUCACAAACUCAGUUGUUACCAGAUAAUAAUAAUAAUACAAUUCGAAAUUUUAAAAAUCAGAAUGAGAAAACAUAUGCCGAUGAACUACGUAUCGCUAAACUGAUUGACGAUAACAUUGAUGAUGCAACAAUAAAAAAAAAAAUUAGCAAGAUUCAACAAUCUAUAUCUGAUAGUUCAUCAUUUGACUUGGAUACAAUAGCAUAUGCGUUGCAUGCAAGUGAUUAUAAUGUUCAAAGUGCAAUUGAGAUAUUAGAGAAUGGAACUAGUGAUUUGCAAAAAGAGUGGCAAACAGCAAAGUCGAAGAAAAAAGUUGCUACACCUAAAGAAACAAAUCAAAAGAAUAAUACACAAAAAUUAUCUGAAACAGAUCCUGUCACACAUGAAAAAGAACAAAUACAGCAACAACAAGCGCCGUCUUCCUUCAAUAAUCGAUCUCCAGAACAACAACAACAAAGUUUACCUAUGCAAACAUCCACGCAAACGCCAUCGCCUAUGCCACAAUUGAACAAUAUUCGUAUAUCAAGACCACAAUCUAUAAGAGUACCAGGGCGGGGUGGUAUGUUUGAAAGUUUCUGA